UUCUGGCAGGAACGGAUGAACAUGGCCUGGCAGGUGACACAGUUGCUGCUUCUGGUUUCGGUGGCUACUCCGUGGGGUGCCCAGUCCAGGACUCCAGGGGCCAGGAGAGACCUGCUCAAUGUCUGCAUGGAUGCCAAGCACCACAAGACAAAGCCGGGCCCUGAGGACAAGCUGCAUGACCAGUGCACUCCCUGGAGGAAGAACGCCUGCUGCUCACACAACACCAGCCAGGAGCUGCACAAGGACCCCUCCCUCUUGUAUAACUUUAACCUGGACCACUGCGGCAAGAUAGAGCCUGCCUGCAAGCGCCACUUCAUUCAGGACAACUGUCUGUACGAGUGCUCACCCAAUCUGGGGCCCUGGAUCCAGGAGGUGAACCAGAGCUGGCGCAAGGAACGCUUCCUGGACGUGCCCCUGUGCAAGGAGGACUGUCAGCAAUGGUGGGAGGACUGCCGCACGUCCUACACCUGCAAGAGCAACUGGCACAAGGGCUGGGACUGGAGCUCAGGAUCGAACAAGUGUCCGGCCGGAGCCACCUGCCGCACAUUUGAGACCUACUUUCCCACGCCCGCAGCCCUGUGUGAGGGCAUCUGGAGCCACUCCUACAAACUCAGCAACUACAACCGAGGGAGCGGCCGCUGCAUCCAGAUGUGGUUCGACCCGGCCCAGGGCAACCCCAAUGAGGAGGUGGCCAGGUUCUAUGCCUUGGCCAUGAGUGCGGGGGCCAUGUCCCAUGGGAUUGGGCUUCUCCUGCUCAGCCUGGUCCCUAUGCUGCACCUCUGGCUCCUCAGCUGAGUCCCUCCCACUGCUGACAUCUGGACAUCUUCCUUGACUGCACCCAGCCUAGGUGACCCAGCCUCAGCCCAGCUCAGCAAUCUCAGAUAAAGGGGCCUCCCAAUGCCCUAGUAAUUAUGCUUCUUGAUCCAAGAUGGGUCAUAUGGGGUUCCUCUGACAGCCUAUUUUAAUAGACAGAUCCAGGUAUAUCUUGUGUCUCAAAAAUAAUUUGGAGAUGAGUCGUUUGGGGGGCAACAUGCCUCAUUGCUUUAUCAUUCCUAUUGAGAGGCCCAAAGAGGGACUGGGACUGGCUUGAAGUUCACCAGUAAGUAGGGGUGGAAGCUGACCCCUAAGUCUGAGGUUCUUACUUCUACACCAGGCUUCCCCCUCAAGUUCCCUCCCCCAAGUUCAUCACUCCUACAUCACAGGGCAUGAUGAGGGCAUUGGUGGAAGAGGUGGGCAGAGACUGGCAGAUGAGUCAUCAGGCUCCUGGUGGGAAAUAAAAGUUUCUUGCCCCUUCCUUCCCUUUCUAGAUGUGGACUAGGGUGGAGCUAUUGGUGGUGGUAGUGGGUAGGGAAUGCCAAUGAAGAGCAAUGGCAUUGCUUCCCUUUCUUAAAAGGACAAAUAAUGCUACACUGAAUCAUCUUAUGCAUGGUAGAAUGCUAUACUUGAAUUUCAGAAAAGGGAUUGCUGGGUCAAGAAGCAUAUGCAUUCGGGUGCUUGGGUGGCUCAGGCAGUUAAGCGUCCGACUUGGCUCAGGUCUUGAUCUCACAGUUCAUGGGUUCAAGUCACACCGUCAGGGUCUGUGCUGACAGCUCAGAGCCUAGAGCUUGCUUCUCCUUCUCUCUCUGCCCCUCCCCAGGUUGCAAUCUGUCUCUCUCUCUCCCAUAAAUAAAGAUUAAAAAAAAAAGGAAAAAAAGUAAAACAAACACAAAAAAUGUCUUACUACAUGACAGCCCCUUACCAGAGCUUUAAGGCUUUUCCAUGGUAUCUGUUGGAAAAACUAAGCUUCAAUGGCAUAGAAAGCCCUGCCAUCCGCCCCAACUUAGAGCUCACUCUGUCAAACUGUUCCCCUUCCAUACCAUUCACACUUUUCACUUUGGGCCUUUCUCAGGCACUUCUCUUUCUGUGUUCCUGGAACGUUCCUUUGUCCUCUGUGGGCUGGCUCCUCAUAGCCUCUCAGAUUUCAACCUACAAUUCCCCACUAACAGGACUUCUGACCACUCAACCAAAAGAAGUCAUCCAGGCACUUUCUUAUCACAUCGCUCCAGUCCCUUUGUACAAACACCUACCUACUGUGUUUAUCAUCUGCUGUCCCUGACAACACAAGCCCUCACAAGUAGCCUAUGGAAGCCCAGGGAGGUUAGAGGAGGCUUCCAGAGGAGUAAUGUUUGCCAAGCAGAAAACGGAGGGCGGACCGGUAUUCCAUGGUUAUGGUUCAGCAAGUACAAAAACUUGGUGGGACCAAAGCACAAGCAAAAAUUUCUAGAUGGCUGAAAUAGAAGUUAAGACGGCAAGGGCAGGAAUUGAGGCCAGAGGAGAAACAUUGGAUUUGCAAGCCUUAGGCUGAUGCCCUGAGUGCCUCUCACAAAGCUUCUCUUUCAUUCUUUGUGAAAGGAUCUGGUUUGGAAUGGGACUCAGAUCUGAAUCCUAGCCUCACCUUGCUGCCUGGGAACCACAGUUUCCACAGCUGAUGGGCUGGCACUCAGGUGAAGCUCCAGUUUCUCCCACCCCCACUCCCUGCAGCCCAGGGCCUCUCCCUUUGUAGGCCAAACACCUUCCUGUUAUCUUUGUCUGGUCACAGGGCAGCCUACAGAUUGGGUCCUACAAGGAUGCGGAUAGCUCACCUUGCUGAUAUUAAUCUUCCGGUCUAGGCAGAUAACUCUCUCAGGAUCUGCUCCUAGGUGGCUGCUUCACCCCCCGCCCCAGCACCCAGAUCUCAGAUUCAGAACCAGGCUUGAGGCUCAACAAGGGCAGGGACUCCCCACAGGUCAUAACCCCACCCCCAAAUCACCUCCCAGUGGCUGGUUACUUCUGAAGCCAUCAGGGCCCAGGGCCUUACUCUCCUGGUGGAGGGGCCACAAAGCCCAGUUAAUGAUCAGCCCCCAGGGCAGGGGUGGAGGGUGCGGGCAGGGACAAGUCCAAUCUGAAAGAGCUCCCACCUUAAGACAUUCCUAGAUCUCUGGUCAUUCUUCCCCAAUCAGGAGAAGGCUGUCUGGUCCUAUAAAGCCAGAAGAGAGGUCUGAAGGGUCCAAUGGUGCCUUAUCUGCCAAGGUCUUCAGAGGGCUGAACCCUCCCUGCUUGUCACAGGAUUCAAGUAAGGAUCACUCUGAGGGAGAGGGAAAGCAGGGCAUGAGCUGGGGUCUCCUGGGAGUCCAUUUCUUUGCAGACCCUUUAGGGCUUGGCUGCUCCCCCAGCAAUCCCACCCUCUCCCUGUUCCAUGGGCCCAGACCUACGGCCUUCCCCAGGGUAUUGAGGCUCCAUCUUUCUUAAACUUCUAUUGCCAUCCAUAGGUUGAUGGCUCCCACAUCUGCAUCCAACCUAGACCCUUCCUCUAGGCUUUCGUCUCUGUAACUACUUCUCCCUGGGUUGCACACAGGCGCUGUGACAAAACAAAGCUUGGUAUUUUCUCGUGCCCAAAUUUGCUCCUCUACUCUUCCCUUUCCCCAAAAGUGGUACCACCAUGAUAAAAGGAAGGCUUGUGUCCUUGGCUAGGGUGAGAGAGGUGGGAGGGGUCUACAUGAGACCAGACUCUGAUAAUGCCAUAGAUGGGGCACCUGUAUGGGUAGAUGUGGGGGGCAGGGGAGUGGAGAGAGGAGGGCUGGGGCCUGGGGUUCUGGGCAUCUGAACAUCUGAUUGUGCAGCUGGAGGUGAGCAAUGCCUGGGGCUGAUGAAUUUGGAGGAGUUGCUGGAUCUAUAAGUUGGGGACUGGAGAGUUCUGUGCUCUCUACAGCUGGCUGGGAGCUUGGAAGCUUGCACUCCAGCCCUUGCCCUGCAGUUGGUUCUAUCCUGAUUCUCUGGGUCUCGUUCUCUUCUGUAUAACAAGGACAGGGGGUUGGAAGUGGAUCAGAUUGUUUUAAAGGACUCGGCAACUCAGGCUGCAAGGUUUUAUCAGACCUGAGUCUGGGGUAGAAAAUGGGGUCAGUGGGGCUGGGGACUGGCCCUAGGCCGGCACUAUUAAUCCACCCACUUCCUGUGGAAGCUGGCUAGUGUCCACAAUAAUUGACGUGCAAGAAUUAACUGCUGAGUAGGCCGAAGGACCUGCGGUGGGCCCACCUCGGCCACCUCUCUGGCUUGAUCUUCCUCUGUGCCUGACUGUGUGCUUAGUCCCGCACCAUGGGGCAGCAGGAAAAUCGAGUGGCCUCUAUGAACCCAAUAGCAAUGGCCAGAUCCAGGGGUCCAAUCCAGUCUUCAGGGCCAAUGAUCCAAAAUUAUCUGAAUCAACCAAGGCCUACCUGGGAAGAAGUGAAAGAACAACUAGAGAAGAAAAAGAAAGCCUCCAAGGCAUUGGCUGAAUUUGAAGAGAAAAUGAGAAUUGGAAGAAAGAACUGGAAAAACACAGGGAGAAAUUAGUAAGUGGAAGUGAGGGCUCAUCCAAAAAAAACAGAGAAAGGAAAAAAAAAGAAAUCUGGUAGGUAUUCAUCUUCUUCAUCAAGCUCUGCUUCUUCCAGCAGUUCUUUGGAUUCUGAAGAUGAGGAUAAAAAACAAGGAAAAAGAAAAAAGAGAAAGAAGAAUCGUUCGCAUAAAUCUUCUGAAAGCUCCAUGCCAGAAACUGAAUGGGACAGUAAGGAUAGUUUAAAAAAAGAAAAAGAAGUCAAAGGAUGCAACUGAGAAAGACAAGGACAUUAAAGGACUCAGCAAAAAAGAAAGAUGCGUCCUGAAGAUAAACCUUUAUCGUCUGAGUCCUUAUCAGAAUCAGAUCAUGUUGAAGAAGUAUGAGCAAAAAAGAAGAAAAGCAGUGAAGAACGGGGAAAAGAAAAAACAAAAAAGAAAAAGAAGCAUGAGAAACACAGUAGGAAGAAGAAAAAGAAGGCUGCUAGUUCAAGUCCCGACUUGUCAUAAUAUUAAGAAAAAUCAGGAUUCCUUUAUAAAGAAAGUGCAAUGUCUAAGGAAAUUUCAACGGUGAAAAUUGUGACAUAAUUACUAACAUGCAUGAAUUUUCUUGUUUUUAGAAUUAUUACUGGACUAUUCAGUAGCCACUCAGAUGCCUCCGUGUGAAAGGGCCAUAACUGUUGCCUGCUGCUUGAACAUCAGUUUUUUCUCUUCCAGUGCUUAACAACUCUGGGAGAUAAUACAUUGCAGUUGUGCUAGUGGUUAAGAUUUGGGGAUAUAAUUACUAUUUUUGACUCGAAGUAUCUAAUGAUACAUCAACAGAAAUCGAAUCUGGAUAUAUCAUUUAAGAUGUAAUUAGAAAUGACCAGAUGACUCUAGUUAACAUUUUGGAAAUAGGGAUUACACUGAUAUUUCAAAAUUCUUAUUCAGUAGAUAAGUGUAUUUUAAUUUUUCCCCUUAUAUACUUUUAUUUACCUGGGGAAGGAGCUUUUAGGUUUUGGGGGGGGGGCUGCUAUCUCUUUAGCUAGAAGAAUAGCGUGCCUUUUAUCCUCACACACCCUGUUUUUGUGGACACAGUAGCCAUGCUUCAUGGGGAGGUCAGAGCUGGUACAGCAGUCUUGCCCUUAGACAUCCUUGGACUCUUGUCAUUUGCUGCUUUAAGUGAACCAGAGUAACAGCCUUUUGCAGCACGACAAAGCCCCAAAAGUUCUGGGAUUUACCUCCACUUCAAUAAUACUGAAUGUUUUUUAGCAUUAGAAUGUGUUAUAACAUUUGAAUUAACUUUGACUACACUUUGGCUCUGGAGAGGAAUCAUUUCAAAUAGCCACUGGUACUUUUUGAACUUGAUAGCUAAAGAUUCUAAAACGCAAGUUUUACACUGUUAGUUUUAACCGGUCAGGAAAAUUUUAUGUAACCCGUGAUAGUUAUUUUAUUUUUGUAUGAAUUUUGUUUAGGCUGCCGUGUUUAGCUUUUAUUAACCCCUUAUUCCUGCUCUUAAAUUCCAUACUGUGGUUAAUGGCAUACUUGCCAAGAUACUUAGCAUGUAAAACAAAAAAGCAGACUUCUAAUUUUUUCUUUUUUUUAACAGCUUCAUACUGAAGCUGAGUCUUACCAUAAACAAGUUGAGUGGCAAGCCUGGUAUGCUGUGUCUUGUUACAUAAAGCUAUUGCCAGAAUCUUAGUAAAUAUAACACUUUAGAAACUUGUCUUUGUAUAUUCAUAACAAAUUGUGACAAGUUAAGUGAGAAUUACAUUAUUGCUCUUCCUGUGUCAUAUUUUACUAAGAGUUUGUGCCUCAUAUCUACUGCUGAAUUGUUUACUAGUAACGUUAAAAGGAAUUGAAAAAUCAUUUUCACUUUACAUUUUUAUAUAAUCCGGUAACAUGAUAUAUAAUUUGAUGUACAAUUUUGCCUGUUACAGAGGGUGUGCUAAUUAUAGUGGUAUAUGCACAAAACAUUUUGGCAUGACAAGAGGCUGAAUAAAUAGCUAUUUUACUUAAAAAAAAAAAAAAAA